UGAUUGGCUCGAGUCGUCUUGACACAGAGUGUCCUCCUUCACACACACACACACACACACAUACAAAAAAAAAACAGUCGUCACCUUGCUCAAGUGACCCGUCCAGAGGGCCUUCAGAAAAGGAGGCCCUCUGCCAGCUUUGGUACAAGGCACACCACACAUCCCGAUUCACCAUGCAGUGGACGGGGUGCUGCAUCGGCCGACAUUCACUGCAGCACCGAAACGGCUGAGGCCCCAGCGGUGUGCCGCUGCUGCCUAUGACGUCUCGGGGCUGCACCAAAUAGGCAAGAGGCAUCCAUCACCCAACAAUCCCAUCAGCCGAUGCUCAACCGACUACAAGACAUCCAUGCAGUACGUACGCACAGGACAUCCAUCUGGGAUGUCAAAGCACAGCGAAUACCCUGACAGGGAAGGUGCCCAUUCCAGCGAUCUUUGGGGGCACGGCGAAGAAGCGGAAGGGGGCUGGUGGGAGGGCGUGGAGGUUAGUCAUGUGCUCGAUGAUCAGGAUGCCGUCCUUGAGCAAGCGGGAAUGAACAGGGCGGUGCCCGCCUGCCGUGUCGUCGAUGUUGUAACUAACAAACAGACACACAGACAGAGGGAGGGACACAUCAGAGUGAGCAAUGGGGAAUGAGUGCACCCACAGCUGUAUCCGCUUUCCUGCACCCGCCCACCCCACUCACCUGUCGAUGCCGACGAGGGCGACCUGCUGCUCCGCCAGCCACUGGGCAGCAUCCUCCGUCAGAAACGGAUGCCGCCCCGACCAAUACUCGUCUUUUCCCCAACAGAGACUCCAGCUCGUCCUCACGAGCACCGCCAGCCCUUUGACGUCCGUCUUGCCGUUCAGCUCCUUUUGGAAGAAGCCCUUCGUGAUGGCAUGUUGAUUUGAUUGGCCGUUCAGCCAGCUGUCAGCGUCGAGGCAAACUGCCGGUAGGUUGGCCAGUUUGGCGAGGGGGAUGGCCGAGAGGUCGGGGGCGUCGGCAAAUCGAUGGAAGGGCGUGUCGAGAUAAGUGCCGGUGUUGGAGCACUGCAUGGCCGGCGCAAGGCGGAACACACGUCCAAGAAACAAUGUGACAUGAGAUGGAGUGCUGUCGUUACGUACCAGCUGUAUUGUGGUGAUUGAGAACUCUGUGCCUUCCGCGUAGUGCUGCCUCGAGGCCUCCCUGCUCAGCACGUCCUGCAUGAGCCACACACCGCGUACUGACACGCUGCAGAGGUUCCAUCCAUCCUCCAUUCUGUGUACCUCAAUUGGUGUACCUGAAUCUUGGGCGCAGGCAACCCUUUAUACGUGACCAUCCCAUCCUCUAUCGUGUGCGACAAAUCCACGAGCGCCAUCCCGCGCGAGGCCGCAGCAGCAGCACAGCGGUUUAGGCGCCGACGAUGCGAGCUUGGUAUCGUUUACACGGAAGCAUGGGCGACCAGCACGUCUGAUCUAGAGUCG